AAAGGAAGCACGGCUUUAUCAACUAAGCAUGCUAAUUUGGACAUCCAGAUGGAGAUAGCUGCUGGAGAUCCUGCCUAUUACCCUGGUAAUCACAUGCCAACAAAUACUGCAUUUCUAACCGAUCUUAUCGGAUUGUAACCCACUCCAGUCACAUUGUGCUUUUAUUGCUACAGGCUUUACAGCAGUGUCCUUAAUGAGCUACAGAUAGCUUCUUUGAUGGGAUUAAAUCACAAAAGAAAAACAGCUUUAAGAUAAACUUCAUAUAUAAGAUUGUUUUUAGGCCCAAAUGACGUUUCUUCAAAAAGAAUGUGGAACAAAAACAACUGUUAAACUUGAUUGCUUGUGAAAAAAUAAUAUCAUUUUUAAUUUGGUGCCAAGAACACAUUGACACAAAAAAAUGUGAGAGGGGGAAGAAAAGACUAAAAAAGUUAUAUAAAGAUAAAAACUAUUACAGCAGUUCUUCCCUUCAACGCCUUAACACUUACAGUGCUUUUAAAAGAAUUGUUGAUGCAACACAGAGAAUACACAAUUUUGUGUGUGUGUGUGUGUGUGUGUGUGUGUGUGUGUGUGUGUCUGUGUGUGUCUGCGUGUGUUGCGUACAAAACGCCCCAACUUUCUUGGUAACAUGACUUUACAUAUAACACAAAGCUUGUUACAACAAUUUCCUUUCAAUUUCAUUUCUGUUUAUUUAUUUUUCAAAAGAAGCUUGAAGAGAUUACACAGAUAAAGCAGAGCUCCACACAGGGUAACAUAAUAAUGCUUAUUGUGUCAUCCACAAUUUCUGACAGAAGGACUUUCUGACAUCUCUUUAAAUUAGUCAAAAUUGUAUUUUAAUUAUUUUCUGUUUUACAUUUUCAGAAGCUUUAAACUGAAUACAUACAUAUUCUCUGUAAUGUUUUUGGCCUUUGUGUAUUGACAGUUCCAACUUCAUUCAUUUUAUUUAAUCUUGAAAAUAAAAACAGUGGAAGGAUAAAGAGAUCUAUUUUUCUUCAGUCGUUUAGCAGAAAUAAAAUGAUGUAAAUAUGAUCCUACACAGUUUUAUUAAAGAGCUCACAGAAAAUAACUUCCACUUCCAUUCAAUGACAUUUUCCAUCUUUCCCCUUAUGUUUCUUACAUCUGAGGGUUCAACUUCAAAGACUGAAAUAGUUAUACUCAGAGAGGAAAUGGGAGACUGUCUCCACUUCCUUCCUGUUUACGUAAGAUCACAGAUAACAACUCUGACGUCUACACAUAGGUUUAUGAAUAAUGCUGUUUAAGUUAUCAUUGCAAAUUCCUUGUUUAGAAAAUGUUUAAAUACAUGUCUAAAAUACCUUUUCAAUAAUAUUAUUUAUAAUAUGUGAGAUACCUGUUAGGAUGUUGUUUAGCAUGUGAUGGUGCAUCUCCUAACUAUCUAAUUAUCAUCUCCUCUUUCAAACUCUUUUGAUGAUUUUUGCCUGGUGUAUAAAUGUUGGAAUUGGAGGAAGAAAAUGUUAGUAAGGACUAACUCUGGUUAUAUUUCAACAUUUGGGCUGACACCCAUUUUUUGAGCUCUACUCUGUUCCAAAUGAGUAUCUGUUAUGAGUAGAUUAAAGGACAUGUUCAGACGGGGAAGAAUAGUAUGCAGAGAAACCUGUCUGCAGAUAGAGAAAGAGAAAGGUAGACCAGGCAGGAAGAGGAGCUUUCAGAGGACAAGAAAAAAAUUAGGGGAGGGGAAUGAAAGUAAAUAACCGUAGGCAACUGUGAUCAUACUGCGAUUUGGUACAUGAGGCGUCUGUGUUAUCAAGAGGCACAUUCAUCUUCCUUCAUUCCUUUUGAGUGUUCAUCCAAAGCAGUCUGAAGGUAUCAAUGGACAUGAUGACAACUUGCCAGCUGAAUCAGACAUGUGGCCAGCCGAAUAGUAGCGUCCCACCUCCCAUGAGCAAUUCAGGCUUAGCAAUAUCCUGCUUCACAAUGUUAUUUGGCACCAUUUCCAACCUUGCUGCACUGGGCAUCCUGGCCAAGUCUCGUGGUAGAUUCUCCCGCCAGUCAAAAGCACCGUUCCUACUUCUAACAGUGGCUUUGCUUUUGGCUGACCUGGGAGGUCAUGUGAUCCUAGGUUCCUUUGCACUGUAUCUCCACAUGAAUCAUCAGUAUACUAUGAAACUAUGUGAUGUCUUUGGAACAAAUAUGGUGUUUUUUGGCCUGUGCCCCUUGCUGUUCGGUUGUGCUAUGGCAGUGGAGCGCUGUGUGGCCAUCACUAAGCCCUUUUGUCGUGUUACUAUGAUUACUGUGGCUCAUGUGGUACGGGUGGUGUUAUUCCUUUCCUCUCUUGCACUUGUUCUGGCAAUUCUGCCUUUACUCAAAGUGGGGACUUAUACUAUCCAAUAUCCAUGCACCUGGUGUUUUUUGAGAGUUACUUCUCCGUGUUUCGCAGCUGACACUUACCUGGCUUUGAUUUUCUCAUGUCUGGGCCUCACUGCACUCACCCUUUCCCUGUUCAGCAACACAAUGAGUGUUGCUACAUUGGUGCAUGCCAGAAUGAAGACCCCCAAUGGUCAAACAAACCACACAACCCACUUUGGUCGUCGUGAAUCAUGCACAUCAUCUACUUCGCUGUUUUUUUCAUUGGAUGUGGAGGUAAUGGUGCAACUGGUAGUCAUCACUGUUGUUUCCUGUGUCUGCUGGAGCCCCUUCCUUAUUCAAAUUCUUCUGAUGCAGCUCAAGCAAAGCCCUAGUACAUCAGCUCAAAAGCUCAUCUAUGUGGCUUUACGUAUAGCCUCCUGGAAUCAGAUCUUAGACCCCUGGGUUUACAUCUUACUGAGGAAGACAGUGCUCUUCAGAGUUUGUGGACAGAGAUGGACCCUGACAAGAACAUAGUUCCACUGUUUGCAUUAACUAUAUUAAUCAUGGACUUUUUGUAUAGAGCACAUAGAUACUUUCUAUUUAUAAACAAACCAAUAGCUUAUUUACAGAAGCAGUUAGUGAAUAAGAGAUGGGGGCGGACUUG